AUGGCUUCCAGGAAAGAAAUGGAUCCGAUCGAUGGUCCGUGGAGCCCCAAGGAAGACGAGGCCCUCCGGAGGCUGGUCCUGAAGCAUGGAACCAUGAACUGGCUGCGAGUCAGCAAGCCCAUCCCCGGCCGGUCCGGGUUAUCGUGCCACCUCCGUUGGUGCUACCAGCUCUCCCCGCAGGUCGGGAUCGUCGCUUCAAGGAAAGAAGUGGGUCCGUGGAGCCCCGGGGAAGACGAGGCCCUCCGGAGGCUGGUCCAGAAGCACGGAACCAUGAAGUGGUCGCGCAUCAGCAAGUCCAUCCCUGGCCGGUCCGGGUUGUCGUGCCGCGUCCGGUGGUGCUACCAACUCGCCCCGCACGUCGAGCACCAGGCCUCCACGCCUGAGUAG